GGCUGCGGGCCUUAUGCAGCUGCUUGUCAACAAGAUGGCCUUCCUCCUCCUCCUCUCGCCGUUCUGACACUGAUUAUUUUGGUAUCCCCGAGAACAUACCGUAAAAGCCUGUGUCACGUCUAAAUAGAUAGCGAGAGAGCGGCCGCUGGGAGUCCUAACAAGGCGCACAGUGAGACAGAGCGCGUCCGGAGAGCUGACACAGAGCCGCGACAGCGGGCGCCAGCAGACGGGGCAGAUAAUGGGACGACAUUAGCCGGAGCAGCUGCUAGCUCCAGCUACGUGGACGCGGAUAGUUAACUCGUGUCACCUGCAUCCGAGCACACGGACCUGUUUGGUUUUAGCGGAAUAAAAGCCAGGGGGCACUUGUCAUCGAGCUGUCUGUGGAGAUUAACACCACCGGGGUUGUCUCCAGUGGCGGGAUUGGUGAUAGUGCCUGUCAGGUUGGCACCAGGAUAGGGAGCCAACGAUGAGAGCUCCUGGUGUUUGCUGGCCAGCGUAGAAGCCGAAAUGCCACGGUCCUGAUGGAUCGAGACACCUUCUCCCACAUUCGGCUGUGGUGCCCACGCCCUUUUGGCACCUACUCUCAGAACAAACCUCGCACUCCAGCGUCGGGGGGCAGCAGCGGAGGCAGUGGCAGGGCGGGGUCCCCGGCUAUCUGCAAAGCUGAGCCCUCUCCUGGUGCCAGAAGGGCGGCGGAUGGAAGUGAAGAUGUCGGGAUGAUAGUGGGGGUGCAGGAGGAGAAUGGAGAAGUGGAGGACGUGGGCUUGGAAAACACUCCACCGGAACCGGAGCUUGACUCCACGUCUUUGACACUGAGCCAGGCGCCUCAACCCCCAUCAGCUCCUCCUUCCCCGCCAUCCUCGGGGUCCCAGAUGGAAGAUGGCCGUGUGCUGUUGGACACCUGGUACGUCAUCAAGCCAGGAAACACCAAGGAGAAGAUUGCCUUCUUUGUGGCUCAUCAGUUCAGUGGAGCAGGUCAGCCCAGACCCAGCGCCAUGAAGGUUAAAGGUAAUUGGGCAACUGACUGCAGUAAAGCCAAAAGACGAAGACGAUGCUCGUCCUACGACCCUCCAACACGCUCCCAAGCCUCCGAGUCGCACCUAAACCAAGACUCCACCCCUGCGCCGCCCAGUCCCGAUGAGCCACACCUCGGAGGGGUGAACGAAACGGACCUGCUUUCGGUAGCAGAGAUGGUUGCCUUGGUUGAACAGAGGACUGCCAUGGCCUUGCAAGGAAUUGUGGCGGUACACGGGAACCAACACCACCAGCCCCCUCCAACCACUCAGAGCCAGGGCCUUACCCCCCACCAGCACACUCUCCUGCGGGGCACAGUAUCAGACCCUUCCUCUGUGGUGUAUGUGUCAGAACGUUCGAAUAGCCAGCCCUGCAAGGAGACCGGGGAGUCGUCCUCCCCUAUCCAGACAGACCAGGAGCUGGAGGAGCAGCAGGAGUCAUGCAGGGUAGCCCAGGCCAUCGCACACUUUGAGUCCCAGAAUCUGGAGAACCGGCUCCAUCUGGGCCCAAGUUCUGGAACAGACUCUUGUAGUCGAGACAGAGAAAGAGAACGUAGAAGAGGAGGCGAGUCCGACACUGUAACACCACCUCCACCCCCUAGUCACAGUCACGGCGAGGUUAGAAUAGCUUUCAGAGUGUCAAACCUGGACCCGCGGUCUCAGCUGGAGCCGGCUGGCAGGUCCCGCUGUAUGUUCAUGAGCUGUGGUGGCGGGGGGAAUCAGGCAGCAGCCAGAGCUAAAGAGAAAAUCACCUGUGACCUCUACCAGCUUGUCAGUCCCUCAUCGAGGGACCCCAGCAGUCUGCUGCUUGCUGCAACAACUGCCACCCCCAAACCAGAUGGAGACCAUCACCCAGACAGGCCCGCCUGCGGCAGCCCAGACCCGUCCCAGGAGCUCUCCUCCUCGGAGAAGAAAGGCGUGGGAAGGGAGCGAGUGACUGGUUUUCACGUGGAGGUGGUGGUGACGGGCGCCGUGGACCAAUGUGUGUUUUAUGGUAAGGACAGUACAGAGAAUGUGCAGGAGGAGACUGUGUGUUUUGCUAUGCCUACUGGUGCAGGAGUCAGUGGGAGUGUAGGAAGCUCUGCUGACCCCUCAUCAGAUGAUCCCCCUCCUGGACAGCUGUUCUUCCUUCAGCCCUCCCGGGGCCCGGAGGAGGACGUGAAAGUAUCAGGCACUGGCAGUGGGUCAGGAAUGUGCUCUUUGGACUGUGCCAACAACAACAGUCCUGUUACAGGGGGGCCAGUGGGCUCAGGGGAGCGGGCAACUCAACCGGACUCUCCAGGUGUCGGGGAAGACUGUUCAGACCCUUCACUGUGUCGCCUCUACCGCCACGUGUCCCACGACUUCCUGGAGAUUCGCUUUCAGAUCCAGCGGCUCCUUGAACCGCGACAGUACAUGUUACUGCUCCCCGACCACAUCAUGGUCAACAUAUUCAGCUACCUGCCCACGCGCUCCCUGGCAGCUCUCAAGUGCACCUGCCACUACUUCAAGGUCUUGAUUGAGACCUACGGUGUUCGAGCGGUGGACUCGCGCUGGAAUCAAGACCCUCUGUACAGGGACGACCCCUGCAAGCAGUGCAAGCGACAGUAUGAGCGCGGGGACGUUUCUUUGUGCCGUUGGCACCCCAAACCUUACCACCAUGACCUGCCUUAUGGACGUUCCUACUGGAUGUGUUGCCGGCGCACAGACAAGGACACACCGGGCUGCCGUGUCGGGCUCCACGAUAACAACUGGGUCCAGCAGCCUGCCGAUGGCUCUCAGCCGAUCCGCACCAAGAGGGAGGACAGGAGGGAGGAGGCGAGGUAGAGCGGAAAGAGUACGCCUCAUACCGACCGUCAUCUCAUCCUGCGCACCUCCUUCAGCAGUGCGAGGUUGGAAUCAGCACUCCAGGACAGUUUUUUUUUUUUUGUUUUUCUUUGCUCCAGCACUCCUCUUUCCUCCUCGCCCUCAGUGGAGGGAGGUUCAGAUGUAAAGAAGGAAGAGAGGUGUAUCACUCUCCUUGCCUUUUUCUUUUUCAAGCCCUCAAGAAUCUCCUCUUCUCCUCUACUGUGCUCCAGAGUGGCUACUUUUAAAAGUUUGCAUACCAGGGUUGGGGUCCCCUCCUCUUGCUGUCAUUCAGCCCCCCCUUUUCUGCCUCUUAAUCAUCUGGGUCUGUCUAACUCUGCACAUGGUUGUUAGGUAAUUCAUGUGAAAACUUUGCAGUGUAUUUGAUUGAGAUUAGCAUUGAUUAAGUGACGCAUAGAAAUGUAAUGCCCUAGAGCCUGCUUACGAUUCCCAAUACUUGUUCUGCGUUCUGUGUCGUACCACAAACCUCCAUGUUAGCUGUACAAUGGUGCUUCAAGGAAUGAGCUGUACCGAG